AUGGAGAACCAAGAACAGCAACCUAAGUCAAGAGUUGUAAAGGUGGAGUCAAGGGAGUCAUGGGACUUCUAUGUCACCCAAGGCACCAAUCAAGGCUGCCCUAUUGUUGUUCACUUCACUGCAUCUUGGUGUAUGCCAUCAGUGGCUAUGAACCCAAUUUUUGAAGAACUGGCCUCAGCUUAUCCAGAUGUCCUGUUUCUUACUGUUGAUGUGGAUGAGGUUAAGGAGGUAGCUACUAAAAUGCAGGUGAAGGCCAUGCCGACAUUUUUGCUGAUGAGGGAUGGUGCUCAAGUUGACAAGAUAGUGGGUGCCAAUCCAGAAGAGAUAAGGAAAAGGAUCGAUAAUUUCGUUCAGUCCUUUCGUGAAUAUAUUGCAUAG